AUGUCAGAAUCAGUCCCCAUAUCAGCCUCUCUUCCAACUCCCACUCAUUGUGUGGCUGACUUUUGUCUGAUUCCGAUUGGCACUGGUUCAGCCUCAGUGUCUGCUCAGGUAGCUGAAGUCCAGAGAUUCAUCGAACAGUCUGGCUUGAAGUAUUCUAUGCAUUCUGCUGGAACAACUCUUGAGGGGUCUUGGGACCGAGUACACCAGGUUAUCGGACAGACCCAUACUUAUCUCCACCAGCAGGGAGUUGUGCGGAUUCAGUCUGAUAUUCGCAGUGGAUCGAGGGUGGAUAAGCAGCAAGGGUUUGAAGACAAGGUGAACAAAGUGCGAGAGUUGCUUAGCAAAGACCAGUAA